CAUGAAAAGCCUAUAGAUCUUACAACCCCACCAGAAAUAAAACAUGAGAUCAUGGAGAACCUCUAUAUGGAUUCUGUGCAGCUUCAGACACAUCUUCGUCAAACAUUCGAUAUUUUGCAAAUUACUCCGAAGCAAAUCAAUUAUUGGUGGUCUACUUUCUGUCAGUGUUUCUACAAAUUAGAUGAAGAUUCUGUUAUUUCUGCGCGUCGCUUUUUAGAAAAUCCGAAUAAUAAUAAUCAGUUUUGUUUUGAGUGGAGGAGUGAAUUAGUUACAGCAAUUGAAUUCAUAACUCCUUUGCUAACUAAACUCUUACCUGUGUUGAGUAUCCAUUGUGAUGCAACCUACAAAACAGUUAAAGAACGAUUUGAGCUUUAUGGAAUUAUCAGUAAUACUAAUGGCGCAGGAUUUCCAAUUGCAUAUUUGUUACUAAAUACUACGAAAUCAUUCGACAAUGAAGAACAAACAGGGCUACGAACAAAAGCACUUGCCAGCUUUCUUCGCUCUCUUCACAACAAGGG